GACACCCCUGGGAGCCCCCAAGAAGACCCCCGUUUCGAGCGCAGAAGGUGACAAACGCUCCUCUGUGUCAGCCUGAAUGUAUGGGGGGAUUGUGUGCCAUGGCUGCCGCUUAGUUAAGUCCGUGCCCACCAAGUCUGGGCGAGGCACAAAGAGGCGCUUGUGCUCCUGCAGGCGUCCAUUGCGCUGGCCGAAGGCGAUCGGGGUGCGCAGACUGGGAAAGAAUGAAAGCAUCGGUGGCUUUCCUCGCCCUCCUCGCCACCCUCGUGGCCACAGACGCCAUGCCCACCGGCCGCCCGUCCUGCUACAAGAAGGUCCUGCGUGAACGGAACUGUCACGGCGGGCACCUCCGCCCGCUGCAGCCCGAGCUCGCCGACCACUUGUGGCAGGGAGACGCCUGCGAGGUCAUCUGCUACUGCAACUUCAGCGAGCUGCUCUGCUGCCCGAGGGACAUCUUCUUUGGACCGAAGAUUUCCUUUGUGAUUCCCUGCAGCCCCCCGUAGACGAGGAGGGAGAAAGGCUGCUGCCAAAGGAAGACAAGAAGCCUGCAUCCCCUCCCUGGUCACCUGCCACGCUGGCCCCUUCACGCCGUUGAAGUCCUCAGGGUCAGCAGCACGUCACAAAUCCUGGUGGCUGACUGUCCUGCUGCUCUGCUUCAUGUGGCUGCUGGUGGCUUCUCCUCCCUGAGCGCUUUGCUGGUCUGUCUGAUAAAUAAAAUUUCAGCACC